GAGCUGACGACAAACAAAAAUGGAGUUGGGAACUCGUAGCAAGUUAGCGAGCAAAUGAUACGGGAUUCGUUUUUUGCGUGAUUUCCCUAGCGAUAGUUUCCCAGCUGGCUCAGUUGACGUGUCGGGAUCACACCUGGUAUAAUUUCGGCUUUAAGGCGGCCAUAAAAAGGCGUCGAAGGGAUAAAGAAGCCGGUGCGGUGGCUACGUCAAAGACAACAAGGCUUAGUAGCUAGCAAGCUAACGGUAGCAUCUGGUGUUUUUGGCUCUCCCGUCGUUCGGCUGGUUAGCGACAGCAAUGGAGAGGGGGGACUUCCUGAAAGGGCUGCCAGUUUACAACAAGAACAACUUCAGCAGGUUUCACGCAGACUCUGUGUGCAAAGCGUCGAAUCGUCGACCAUCGGUGUAUCUCCCAACCCGGGAAUAUCCAUCGGAGCAGAUCAUAGUAACAGAGAAGACAAACAUUCUAUUGCGGUAUCUUCAUCAGCAGUGGGAUAAAAAGAAUGCAGCAAAAAAGCGAGAACAGGAGCAAGCGGAAGGGGAAAACACGGCACCGCCACGAAAAAUUGCCAGAACAGACAGUCGGGAGCUGAAUGAGGAUUUGUAAAGAAGAUGCGCACACACCAGAGACUCAGUUGCUCAAUAAAAUGCACACCCUGAUGUGGAAUAUCUGUUUGCAAACCUAGGCCUUGGCACUGAAGCACCCGUGAUUGGAUACAUUUCAGACCACAGACGUCACAUUGGUCUUAUUGCUCAUAUUUUACUGGAGCUUUCCUCUUUAACCAAAACCUUCUUUCCUCAAUUAAUGUUCUGCUUUCGCAAUGCACCUUCACUUCCAAGAGGCUACACUUCUGUCCUAGAGUCGUAGUCUUUGCUGUCUUGAAAAUACCAUACAUCUACCUCUGUAGCAUCAGUCCUCCUGGUUUGUACCUACUAAAUACUCACGCAGAUUUCUUUGAAAUAAGCCGAGGGUAAAUCUGUCGUUCAUUUUCUCUUUGUUGCCAUAGUACCAGUAAUCACUAGUUUCUGAUCUGUGCAUGUUUUGUGUUGUUUACUCCAUAUGGGUGUCCUUUAAAUGUUAUUCAGGCUAACUGUAAUUACAAUAGUGGUUCAUGUGCUUCGGAGUGGUGGAUUGGGUUGAAAAGUCAAAUCAGGGUUUUGUGAAGGACUUUUCUGCAGGAAAAAAAAAGCCCAAAACACUCAUGGAAAUGAUAAUGUUCUCCUUUCUUGUUGAUUGCCUUAAGUGGAGGUGUUUUUACUGUGCGAGUGCCCCUGGGGUUACAAUGUCGUUUCAGGAAGAUGAAUUGCUGUAGAGGCGAAUGGAUGCAGACCGAGUAAUAAAGUCAAGAGAAUGCAAAUUCUUUUGCGUAGUGUGACCUGCAGGUUUUAGUAGCCAUAUUUUUCAUGAACAUUGCUUGCUCGCCUGGCACAUUUUGGAAUCUGUGAUAAAUACAGGUGCAUAUGAACGUGCACUAGUUCUAGCAGUGUAUUAGCACCUUGUGAUGACUGAUGAUGUUCCUGUUAAUGUGUCCUUUACACUUGCUUAGUUUUUUCCUCUUUUUAGAGGUGUCUGGAUUAACACGAUUCCAGCACACGCUGCUGCAUGUUGAGUGUUUGACUUAGCUCUCCACAAACCUUUGUAUAUUUGUACAUUGUGUAUAUUGUGACUGGUCUGAACUUUAAUCAUGUAAUGAGACAGGCGUGUUCCUGAUAUCGUUUUCUCCGGGUUAACUUUGUUUUUGCUGAGUCAUGCUAGCCAGAGUUCAGUUGACACAGGCUUUCCUUUCUCAAAGGGGACUCAUAACAAGAUUUUAUAAGUUUCUAUUGUAGUAUGUCACUAGAGGAAGAUUUUUAUUUAUUUUAUAGUUUCUGUAGCUUCUCAGUUCACUGGCUGUUUUAGUAUCUCUCCCUUCAGAUGCUGCUUGGUCACACUCUUAACAUCCAGGAGCUUGUGUAAUUUGACUCCAGACUCAUCUUUCGCUCAUGCCUGGAGGUGAUGAACUGACAUCAUUGAUUCAACAUAACCCCCCCGUUUGUCCUCAAAUGAUUUCCUGAAACAUUCAGCUGACCUGAAUAUUUCACAUUUUGGGAACGCUUAAAAAAAAAAAAAAUACCAUGGCAAUGUUAUGAAGCAGCAACAAAAAAAAAAAAAAACCUAACUUGCCUCCUUUUAGUUUGCUGAGGUUUGUUGUAAGGUUUGUCUGUAAAUGUACGUUAAUGUUGGAGUGUUUAACAUACAGAAGUGAAAAUCUUCAGCUUCUUCAGUCUAUAAACCUGAGACGUGCAUUCUGUUCAUAGAAGAGCCUGUUAUUUUUACUUUUUAGCAAACGGCCUCUAUCCCAACACCUGUAUAAAUGAAAAUGUCCCUUUUUUUUUUUUGCUUUGAGUUAACUGUGUAAAUGUGACGUCACUGUCAAGAUUAUAUUCUAGACGACCCCAUGACAUGCAUACAGUAAAGACUAUAACUUCA